AUGUGGGCGCGCAGGACGGUCUCAUUCGAAAAAGAUAGUCGAAUGGGACCAUGGGCCAAUAGCUCUGGCUAUAAAAGCGAGAAGCUAGAAGACAGAAUAACUGACGAGCUUACAGAUUUAGAAAAUUGGCUAAAACCAAGCGAAUCAGAAGAGCUCAGUCGACUUCUUACAAUACGCAGAUUUGUUAAUUUCAUUGAAGAAUAUUUUCGUCCAUGUAUUGUAGUCACACAAGGUUCAUCAGCGACAGAUACGUUUUUACCUACAAGCGAUAUUGAUUUAAUUGUUACAAAUCUACCUGAUAUACAAGAUGAAGUAAGAAUCCUUAAGAAUAUUACAAAAUUAUUCUGGCAACACCAAUUAAUUGUUCAAGGAUUCGUAAUUCCAGGUGCAAAAGUACCAAUUGCGAAGUGCAUUGACAGAGCAUAUGGCUAUAAUAUUGACAUUUGCAUAGGAAACGCAAACGGAUCACUCAACGUGCCAAGAGUUAAAAAUUAUUUAAGUCAUUACCCACAGAUUCGACCAAUUCUGAUGUUCCUGAAAGCAUUGACAUACGUUACUGAUACAGAUAAUCCAGCAACAGGUGGAUUUGGAUCAAAUCACUUAUUAAAUCUAGUUAUCUUUGCAAUACAAGCAUUUCCAGAAGCUAAAUCAACUGGUGAACUACUUUUGAAGCUCAUGGAUUGCAUUGCAAAUAAAUUUAAUUAUUUUAUGUGCGGAAUUUCAAUUGUUAAUGGCGGUUGCCUGUUUUCCAAGCCAGAUACCAAUAAUAUAGACUUCCAGUGUCCUCAAGCCUUCGUUUUUGAGGAUCCUCAGAUGCAUAAUAUUUUCUUCGGUGGCAGAACCCAUAAAAUGCCUUUAUUAGUCUCCAACUUCAAGAAGGCCUUGGUACAUGUCAACGCUGUUGAUCCAGAACAUUCUUCUGCCCUUACAGCGAUACUUGGAGAUUUACAUGAAAUUUCUGAGCGAAGACAGGCCAUAGACCGAGUUGCAAGGUUCCUGAAUGGUUCGUUGAAGGACUUCGCUUGCGAAAUUGAUUUAAUGUCGAAAUCGGCUUGGACAUCUAAGAAAAUUGUUCCACAUCACGGUAUCGUAAGAGUCGGACCAGAUGCAAAUAGAGCGCAGUUAACAAGGUCAAUAAGUAACCCAGAAGGCUUUGAUUCAAAGAAUCAUGCGAAGAAAGCUUGGCAACGCGCUUUGGAGAAGAGGCAAAUGAUAAAGGAAAUUAAGAAGGAAGUAACACACUCAAGAAGUAUCCCUGAUUUUAAAGAUUUCAAAAAAUCAUCCCCUUUUAAGAAGAAAUUCAGAAAAUAA